GUGAGUGAAUCCUGACGUCUCUGUUCCGUGUGUUUCUGCAGGUUUAGGUAGCUGAUGAAUCAUGGAGAGGCUGGUGUUUUAUGUGCUGGUGUUCGGCGCACUGGUGAAGGCUCAGCAUUGCCCGGGCCGCUGCAUCUGUCAGACCAUCUCGCCCACACUCACGCUCCUCUGUGCCAAAACCGGACUGCUGUUCGUGCCGCCGAGCAUCGACCGCAAGACCGUGGAGCUCCGGCUGACCGACAACUUCAUCACCGCCGUCCGCCGAAAAGACUUCUUGAACAUGACGAGCCUGGUGCAUCUCACGCUGUCCCGCAACACCAUCAGCCAGAUCGCGCCGCACGCUUUUGUGGGUCUGAAGUCUCUGAGAGCACUGCACAUGGACGGGAACCGACUGACGGUCAUCAACAGCGACCAGCUGCAGGGAUUGAUCAACCUGAGGCACCUGAUCCUGGGCAAUAAUCAGAUUCACCACAUCGAACUGUCCUCCUUCGACGAGUUUGUCUCCACCAUCGAGGACCUGGAUUUGUCCUACAACAACCUGAGGACGUUACCGUGGGAAGCCAUCGCCAGGAUGACCAACAUUAACACCUUAACGCUGGACCACAAUCUGAUCGACCACAUCUGCGUCGGGACCUUCACGCUCCUCACCAAGCUGGUGCGACUGGACAUGACGUCCAACCGUCUGCAGACGCUGCCGCCGGACACGCUGUUCCAGCAGGCGCAGGUCCUGUCCGACCCCAAAGCCUCCAGCUCCUCCAAACUGACGGUGAGCUUCGGGGGAAACCCGCUGCACUGUAACUGCGAGCUGCUCUGGCUGCGGCGCCUGACGAGGGAGGACGACCUGGAGACCUGCGCUUCUCCUGAACUCCUGAUGGACAGGUACUUCUGGUCCAUUCAAGAGGAGGAGUUCAUCUGCGAGCCGCCGCUCAUCACCAAACACCAGGUCAGCAAACAUGACUGUAUGAAAAUAAUUCCAUAA